AUGAAAAAUAAUAUUAUUUUUUUCUUUAUUUCAAUUUUAUUAUAUACAAAUACUUUAGGAUUAUUUCUAGAUUCUGUUAAAAUUAAAAAUGUUGAUGAGUUUUCAGACACAUUAAAAGAAAUAUCGAAAAACUUACCCACAAAUAUUAAUCAUGGCUUUAAUAGAAUUUCUCUAUUACUUCCAGAAUUAUCAUAUGCGAUUGAAUCUCAAGAAAAUGAUAUUGUUUUAAUCAAAGAUAAAGUUAUUUCUAUUAGAAAGUAUAAAUAUAAACUAUUUAAUAAAAUAAAUUUAACUUAA